AUGGAUGGUUUAGGUUCGAAUAAUAUAUCUGUAGUGGAUAUGGAGUCCCACCUUAGCGAGAGUGAGAAUAUAUCUAGAAACCUUUGUGGGUUGGUAGAUAUGGGGUCUAAUGGUAUAAGGUUCAGUAUUUCUUCAAUAUCUGCGCAUCAUGCUAGAAUAACUCCCUGUGUCUUUAAAGAUCGUAUAGGUAUAUCUUUAUAUGAAUUACAAUUUCCACAUGCUGAUUCCUUGGAACAAAUUCCUAUCCCAAUAGAUAUUAUUAUGGAGAUAUGUAGUGCGAUUAAAAGAUUUAAAUUGAUUUGUGAAGAUUUUGGAGUUCCCGAUAAGAAUGUUAAGAUUAUUGCUACAGAGGCCACUAGAAUUGCACUAAAUAAAGAUGAAUUACUUCAGGAGAUUGAAAAGGAGACAGAUUGGGAAGUUAAAGUUUUAUCACAAGAGGAAGAAGGUACAAUGACAACUUUGGGUUUAUUAGCAUCAUCUGCAGAUAAUGAAACAAACGGUAUAUAUUUUGAUUUAUUGAGUGGUUCAUGUCAGAUUUCUUGGAUUAGAACUUUACCUAAUGGUGAAUUCAUCAAAUCUGAGAAAGUGUCAUUCUUACCUUAUGGGUCAGGAACUAUUACAAGACUUGUUAGAGCGAUCGAUGAUGAUGAUGCAUCCAAAUUGAAAUUAUUUGAUGAUUUGAAAGCAGACUUUAUGCGUGCCAUUCAGGACAUUCAGAUACCACAGGAUAUGAUAGAAGAAGCAGAAGAAAACGACGGGUUCACAUUAAUUACUAGAGGUGGUGGUUUAAGAGGCAUUGGCCAUUUAUUAAUAAACCAAGACAGAGACUAUCCAAUACAGACAAUUAUUAAUGGAUUUUGUACGAGUUCCAAGAAUUUUCAAUCGAUUUCAGAUUAUUUAUUUUUGAAGGGGAAAAUUCCAAAUUUUGAUAAUAGUUGUCAUAAAAUUAAAAAGUUUUUCAAAAUUUCGGAAAAGAGAUCCAUUCAAUUACCUGCAGUCGGUCUAUUGACAAGUGCACUUUUAGAGAGUCUCCCAAAGGUGAAAUCAAUAUAUUUCAGUGAAGGUGGUAUUAGAGAAGGGUUUCUUUACACUCAAUUACCUGCAUCUAUACAUAAUCAAGAUCCAAUCAUAAUUGCGUCAAAACCGUAUGCUCCAUUGUUAUCAAACAAAUAUUUGAAAUUACUAUUAUCGGCAGUUCCACGUAAUCCACAUACUGCGGAAUAUCCAAUCCCAGAAAUUGUAUGGAAAAGAGUGGCACCAACGUUAUGCAACCUGGCAUUUAUUCAUGCAUCUUAUCCAAAGGAAUUACAACCAACAGCUGCCUUACAUGUGGCAAUUACGGGUAUUAUAUCCGGUUGUAAUGGUAUUUCUCAUGAAAUGAGAGCAUUAAUAGGUAUAGCAUUAUGCUAUAGAUGGGGAGGAAAUAUUCCAGAGACAGAAGAACAUUUCUUAGAGUCAAUGGAAAAUGUAAUAUUAAAUCAAUACGAUGAGAAUUCAAAAAAAAAUUUAAGAAUGGCCAAAAGGAUAAUAUGGUGGACUAAAUAUAUUGGUACUUUUAUGUAUGUCAUUUGUGGUGUUCACCCAGGUGGGAACAUUAGGGACAACUUAUUCAAAUUCAAUGUUAUUCCUAUAGUAAUCCCAAAAAAAGUACGUCAAUCCAACAAUAUCGACGAAGAGUUGGACAAGGAUCAAUCUGUGGCUACUGCAAGGAAGGAAAAAAACGACUACGAGGCAGUUGUUAGCAUUAGCAGGGAUGAUCUGAAGACUAGUGCAUCAGUCAGGGCAAGAAUAAUCACAUUACAGAAAAGAAUAAAAAAACUUUCAAGGGGGAAUAUUGAACGCGUAAAGGUCACUGUCCAAAUGUUCGAGUAA